CACAAACAAAAACAUGUGGCUGCGGCUGCGCUUGUGAGCGAAGGGGCUCUACUGUCGGUUGCGGUCAGCAUCGCAGAGCAGCCGGCAGCAGCGUUCGUCAGCCACCUGAGUGACGUUGGAUAACAUGGGUCUCCAUUCGGCCCAAAAGAAACACUUUCCUCUGCGGGGCAUCGAUGGAGUGGUGCAGCUGUUUGAUGCCGAGCUUCGGAAAGCGGAACCAGACCUGGCCCUUCUCUCCCUGGUCCUUGGCUUUGUCGAGCACUUCCUGGCUGUCAACCGAGUCGUCCCCAUAAAUGUUCCUGGGGUUCGUUUUGAACCCCUUGAGCCAGACUGUCCUAACUCCUGCUUUCCCACAGUAGAGCUUGGCAUGAUUUCUGCGCUGCACGAGCGCUUCACGGCCCAGAUCCGUGGUGCAGUGGACUUGUCCCAGUACCGGCGGCCUGCAGGAGGGUCCAGCAGGGAACUGGUGAAGAAAGUAUCCGACAUCAUAUGGAACAGUCUGAGUCGCUCCUAUUUCAAGGACCGCGCUCACAUCCAGUCCCUCUUCAGCCUUAUCACUGGCACAAAACUGGAUAGUUCAGGGGUGGCCUUUGCGGUUGUGGCUGCGUGUCAGGUCCUGGGGUUGAAGGAUGUCCAUUUGGCAUUGUCCGAAGACCAUGCCUGGGUGAUCUUCGGCAAGAACGGGGAAGAGACAGCCGAGGUCACCUGGCACGGGAAAGGCAACGAGGACAGACGGGGACAAACCGUCACAGCUGGAGUCAAUGAGAGGAGCUGGCUAUACUUGAAGGGUUCCUAUAUGAAAUGUAACAGAAACAUGGAGGUGGCCUUCAUGGUGUGCGCGAUCAAUCCCUCACUGGAUCUGCACACAGACAGCUCAGAGCUCCUACAGCUACAACAGAAAUUGCUGUGGUUACUCUAUGAACGAGGAGACCUGGACAGAUAUCCCAUGGCCAUGGGCACCCUUGCAGACCUUGAGGACCAGGAUCCCAUUCCUGGCAAGGAGAACCCCCACAAAAUCCACCUCAAAGCUGUGAGCUCUGCUCAGAAACACUACAACAAUGAGCAUAUCUACCCGUUCAUGUACCUGGCAGGGUUUCACUACAGACACAGGAACGUGCGGGAGGCCCUGAAGGCCUGGGCCGAGGCAGCCCAGGUCAUGCAAGACUAUAACUAUUUUCGUGAGGAUGAGGAGAUCUACAAGGAAUUUUUUGACAUCGCCAACGAUGUCAUCCCCACCUUGCUGAAGGAGACCGCCGCUGCCGCUGAGAGUGCUGGGGAGGGAGGGGAGGGAGGCCACGAAGCCGAAAAGGACCAACCCAAGCAGGCUGCUGCUCUCUCAGCUCUCCAAGACCCAGAAUGCUUUGCCCACCUGUUGCAUUUCUACGAUGGGAUCUGCAAGUGGGAGGAGGGUAGUCCCACGCCGGUUCUUCAUGUAGGCUGGGCCACCUACCUGGUCCAGUCUCUAAGCCGCUUUGAUGCUCAGGUGCGUCAGAAGGUGUCAAUCAUCACCAAAGAGCCAGAGUCCCAGGAUGAUGAUGACCAGUCUAGUGACGAUCCUCGGGAGGGGCGAAGACGUGGCCCCAGAAGGGAAUCCAAGCUGGAGGACCAAAGUCCCCUCCCUCCCCCUGUCUCAGCAGCAUCCACAUCGCCAUCCAGCCAGCCACCCCCCCAACCUAAGAAGCCGGGGGAAGUUGGGGGCCGCCGGCGAUCAUCUCAGGGCCUGCGGGCUGGAGACGCCGAAGGAAAAGCGAAGUCGCCGAGCCCCGACCCAUCCUCUUCUCCCACAUCUCAGCAGCAGGCCACAUCCUCAGCGGGUCCCAUUGUGAUCUUUCAAAGUGAAAAGAUGAAAGGUAUGAAGGGGCUGCUGUGCGCAGCCAAGGUCAACUCCAGUGCCAUCAAGCUACAGCUCACGGCCCAGUCCCAGGUCCAGAUGAAGAGGCAGAAGAGCACGCCGUCGGGAGACUACUCCAUGUCCUUCAUGAAGCGCCCGCGCAAAUCCCUGUAGAUUUCUGGUUGUUGCAGCAGGAGACGAGCGUUCUUGAAAGACUUCGUAGGACUCGUUCCACUUGUACUGUGAAAAGCAAAGCCGACGCACGAAAAUGGAUUCACUUCGCUUUUGUUUUUGAAUGUUUUUGCAAAAUCUCAGCCAAAAGUCAUCAGCUUCUCAAGUCCUUUGCAGUGUUUUUUUUCCCCCUUGCACAUAUAUGCUUGAAUUGACCCAAGCAAUACAAAUCCAUUUCCAGCAUCAACAGGGGCAUUUCACUUUCACCUCGUGAUUCAGUGGCAACCACAUUGCAUCGUAAAAAAACAUAUUGCACAGAUUUUAUUCUUAUCAUUGAUUGUAAACAUCCAGUCACAGUCGGUUCUUCAGAAAGCCAGUUGCACACCAACAGUUUAUUUGUCACUGACGUAUGCGGAAGCCAAAGUUGAGCAACAUGACACUGUGAAUAUCAUUUCUGUACGUGUGUUGAUGUCGGACUACCGUUCUGGAGCGUCUUGUUUAUUUGACCCAUCAGUUCUUCUGAAGCCUUUUGGGAUCGGUUUACCUAGGAUAGUUACCAUGUAACAUUGUCCACUUCUGCUCUAUUGUCAGCUUAUCUCUCGCUAGCUAUGUUGCCUUAAGUUGCGUUUUUUUUUUUUUGUUCUUUUCUAAUUCUAGGUGGCCUUUAGUUUGGAGAAUAGCUGAUGUAGGCCUAUUUCUAAUGAUUAGAGACGACGAGGAAGACCUUGCACUGUUCGAGAAGGGGAUCCCUUCAGGUGGGCCCCGCUACGUUGUGUUUGCUUGACAACUAGUGUUUUGUUUUGUUUUGUAUCUGCCAGUAAUAAA